AAUUAUGGAACGUGAAAAGCAGCUUAGCAUCCUUUAUCAAAAACAGGGCCGGGCUACUCAAUUUGCUAACAAAGCUGCCCGUGAUAAAUGGCUUCAAAAGGAAAUCGACGAGUAUGAAAGAAUCUUGUCCUCAAAUCAUAAGCAGGAGAGUCAACUUCGUGGUGAAAUUAAGCAGCUUCAUAAAGACAUGAAGAUUCAUGAUGAUAUCAUCAUGCAUCGCAAAAAUGAAGCAGCUGUCAGGGAAGCUCUCAUAUCUGGAUAUCGGCAAAGUUACACUGCUUUUAAAAGACAGAGAGACGAGCAGCAUGAUGAGCGGAAGUCUUUGUGGGCGAAAGAGAGUGAACUUGCUGCUGAAAUUGCUCGACUCAAAGCAGAAGUUGAGAAAGCAGAGAAAAGCCUAGAUCAAGCAACACCUGGGGAUAUUAGAAGGGGACUGAGCUCAGUCAGGAGGAUAUGCAAAGUGCAUACAAUUCCUGGGGUAUUUGGUCCAAUAUUUGAGUUGCUUGAAUGUGAAGAGAGGUUCUUCACUGCUGUUGAAGUUACUGCGGGAAAUAGCUUAUUUCAUGUUGUGGUUGAGAAUGAUGAUAUAUCAACCCAAAUUAUUAGACAUCUAAACACAGAGAAAGGUGGGCGAGUUACAUUUAUUCCACUGAACAGGGUGAAGGCUCCUGAAGUUUCGUAUCCACAGAACAAUGAUGUGAUACCACUUCUAAAAAAAUUGAAGUUCUCCAACAGAUAUACAAAAGCAUUUGAACAGGUGUUUGCUCGAACUGUAAUUUGCCGGGAUUUGGAUGUUGCAACAAGAGUUGCCCGCACAGAUGGUCUUGACUGCAUAACUUUGGAAGGUGACCAAGUGAGCAAAAAAGGAGGCAUGACUGGUGGGUUUUAUGAUUAUAGGCGUUCAAGACUGAGGUUUAUGAGCAUUAUUAAGCUUAAAACAAUUUCUAUCCACGAGAAGGAAAAUGAACUGGUGGAUGUUAGGAAAAUGCUUGAAGAGAUGGACCAGAAAAUUAAUGAGCUAGUGGCUGAACAGCAGAAAAAUGAUGCUAAGUUGGCUCAUGACAAAUCUGAGCUAGAACAGUUCAGGCAGGACAUUGCAAAUGCUGAACGGCAAAAAAGUUCCAUUGCUAAAGCUGUUGAGAAAAAGGAGAAAUUGCUGGCCAAUGUUUUGACCCAAAUUGAUCAGCUUAGAUCUAGUAUAGCCAUGAAACAUGAAGAGAUGGGAACAGAACUUGUUGAUCACUUGACACCAGAAGAGAGAGAAGCUUUGUCACGCCUGAAUCCUGAAAUAACAAAUCUGAAAGAGAUGCUUAUAGCAUCCAAAGCAAAACGCAUGGAGACUGAAACAAGAAAAGCAGAGCUGGAGAUGAACUUAUCAACAAAUCUUGUAAGGCGGAAGCAAGAGUUGGAGGCAAUCAAAGUGGGUGUAGACAUUGAUGCGCUUAAUUCUGAAGCUGAUUUGAAGGGACAAGAAGUACUGGAGGUUCAUAAGUUGCUCGAGAACUUGAGCCAACAGAUUAAAAGGGUUUCUGUGAAUUUAAAUAAAAAAAAUUUGGAGCUGAAGGAGAUCAAAGGUGAAAGAGACAAGUUGAAGGCUCUGGAGGAUAAAUAUCAGGGAACACUUCAGGAUGAAAAGAGAGAACUGGAGCAACUCUUAAAUAAAAGGAACAUCUAUGUUGCAAAACAAGAAGAGUAUUCAAAGAAGAUUCGGGAAUUGGGUCCAUUAUCUUCUGAAGCUUUUGAAAAGUAUAGAAGGAAGAAUGUAAAAGAGCUGUACAAAUUGCUGCAUAAGUGCAAUGAGCAGCUGCAGCAGUUUAGCCAUGUCAAUAAAAAAGCAUUUGACCAGUAUGUAAACUUCACUGAGCAGAGAGAAGAACUCCAGAGAAGACAAGCUGAACUAGAUUCUGGUGAUGAGAAAAUCAAAGAACUUAUAUCAGUUCUGGAUAUGAGAAAGGAUGAGUCAAUUGAGCGUACAUUCAAGGGCGUGUCGAAGCAUUUUCGAGAAGUAUUUUCUGAGCUUGUCCAAGGUGGCCGCGGGGUUUUAGUUAUGAUGAAAAAAAAGGAUGGUGAGGAGGAUGACAAUGACGAUGCUGAUGAUAGGCCUCGUGCAGCUGAGGUUGGUGGAAGAGUUGAGAAAUAUAUUGGUGUUAAAGUGAAGGUGUCUUUUACAGGACAAGGAGAAACACAGUCUAUGAAACAGUUAUCUGGAGGGCAAAAAACAGUUGUAGCACUAGCUCUAAUAUUUGCCAUACAGCGAUGCGAUCCUGCCCCAUUCUAUCUCUUUGAUGAAAUUGAUGCUGCACUGGAUCCUCAAUACAGAACUGCAGUCGGAAAUAUGGUUCGUAGGAUGGCAGAUAUGGCAAACACCCAGUUUAUAACAACAACAUUUAGGCCUGAGCUUGUAAAAGUUGCUGACAAAAUAUAUGGUGUGACACACAGAAACAGAGUUAGCCGAGUUAAUGUGAUCUCAAGAGAAGAAGCUUUAGAUUUUAUCGAGCACGAUCAGUCUCACAAUGCUGAUUGAGAGCUUAGAAGGUUCCACCCCUCUUAUCUUAUUCUUUUUUCUUGUCCUAAAAUUAUCCCAUCUUUCAAAAUGAAAAGAUUGCACAAUUUUCAUUGUUUCUCUCUCUAAGUAAGUAUAAUUGUCAGUUUUGAUGCUUUACAUAAACUAAACUAGUAAAAAGCAUGCAAAUCAUAUAAGAAGAUACAAUAAGGAUAUAAGGAGUGUAUAACUAUCUUGUUUAAGUAUCUUGAAUGGUCAAGUACUGUAUUUGUUCUUUUGAACUUAAAUGCAACCUCCUUUCUGUU